CUGUUAUUAUGUUUUAACAAAUUAAGUUACUGGUGGUUGUAAUACCACCAACACUGACCUCUGAAAUGUGCGCAAUCUACAAUGCGAUAAAAAGAAAUACAGUUUAGUAACUGGACUUUGUUUACAAGUUUGCCAACGGGUUUAUUUUUCCCGGCGGCAGCGCAAAGCUGGGUACCUCAUAACCUCCGAUGACGUUUAUGGCGCCAGAAAUCAAGGGUUUAGAGCGGCUCUCGUCAGCUGGUAGAUAAUAUUUACUACUGCAGCUAUCCCUACUAUGCUGGCUAUACCGUAGACGCUACACAAUUUUAUGGUGGAUUAUCGGCUUCGUACCCGGUCGUUCGUGCUAAUAUAAGGUCGCGUAAGAGUCAAAAUGGUGAUGCUACGCAGCAGUGGCGGUGGUGGCGGACCUGAGCCGGUGGGAUCAACUCCGAAGAGGAGGCUGGUGGAGCUGGACACCAGCUCCGAGUUUCUGUCGCUACUUCCCGCCUCGCAGACCAAGUCCUCCAGGAUGACCCGGUCUUCCAGGAGCCUGGAUGACAGCUUCAGCAGCCCCGAGAACACCUCCAUGAAUGGACAUGCAGACAUAAAGCAGGCAGACAGAAGUGGUCUCCAUCACUCUCUGAGGACCAGAGGACAGAGACAUAAACUGGAGGUCUCUUUUGCCGACAUGGAGCCAAAGACCUCCUCCCCUGUGGAUGAAGACAAGGCUGGAGGCUGCUGCACUCGGAAAUCUUCCAGGCUGCAGAGGGAAGGAAAAGCAUCCACUGGCAAGCAGCAAGCAGAUGUUCCAGACGAAGUGGAGGGGUCGUCGACUCCGAAGAGAAGCCGCUUCAAACUACAGAGCCGAGAAGUGGAGGAAGAGGAGGAGGAGGAAGACCGGUCGGUUCGCCGUAGCUCCCGAAUCACCAGAUACAAACUGGAUUCCCGCAACCAGUCAGUGCUGUAUGAUCGCCUCAUCACCAACACUGCUGAAGCUGUUCUCCAGAAGAUGGACGACAUGCAGAAGAUGAGACGCAGACUGAGGGACAGAGACACUAAGGAAGAGCUUGGCGUUUACACCAGUGGCAGAAUGAGAAGGUCCCUGAGGACGAAUGUGAAGAGUAAAGAAACUGAGGAGGAGAACCAAGAAGGGGAUGAGGACGAUAAUGACGGAGAGGAGGAGGAAGAUGGAGAAGAUGAUGACGAUGAUGAUGACGAGGAGGAGGAGGAAGACGAGGAUGAAGACGAGGAUGCUGAGGAUGAGGAAGAAGAGAACCAACAACGCUAUGACUUCAGACAGCGAAAGACUGUGGUUCGCUACCAGGCUCCACAAGAUGAACCCAGAGAGCCCAGGAAGCGUGGCAUGUACUUCAAGGACGUCCACUCGUCUCCUACCAGACGCAGGUUCAGAUUCAGCUCCACAGCCCCCAGGAGCCCCUACAACAGGAGGAGAACCAGCAGGAGUAGUUCUGAGAGAAGGAGACAUGCCUUCCACAGCAGCGACUCCACGUCCUCGUCGUCAGACGAAGAGAAAUUCCAGCGGCGGAGGAGUAAGAACAGGAGCAUACCAGUCAACAGAUGUCUCCCUAUGAACCUUGUCAAAGAGGAUCUGCUGGGGAUCCACAAGGACAGGAUGAAGAUUGGAUCCAGCCUCGCUGAUGUUGACCCCAUGCAAAUAGACAGGACGGUGCGCUUUGACAGCAUCGGAGGUUUGAGUCGGCACAUCUCAGCACUGAAGGAGAUGGUGGUGUUCCCUCUGCUCUACCCAGAGGUCUUUGAGAGGUUCAAGAUUCAACCCCCCAGGGGCUGUCUGUUUUACGGGCCUCCGGGCACCGGCAAAACCCUUGUAGCCAGAGCUCUUGCUAAUGAGUGCAGCCAGGGGGAAAGGAAGGUGUCGUUCUUUAUGAGGAAAGGAGCUGACUGCCUCAGUAAGUGGGUGGGAGAAUCUGAGAGACAGUUACGGCUGCUGUUCGACCAGGCGUAUCAGUUGCGUCCGUCCAUCAUCUUCUUCGAUGAGAUUGAUGGUUUGGCUCCAGUCAGGUCCAGCCGCCAGGACCAGAUCCACAGUUCCAUCGUGUCGACCCUCCUGGCUCUUAUGGACGGGUUAGACAGCAGAGGAGAGGUUGUUGUGAUUGGGGCGACGAACAGACUGGACUCCAUCGACCCAGCUCUGAGAAGACCAGGACGCUUUGACAGAGAGUUCCUCUUUGGUCUGCCCGACAGAGAGGCGAGGAGGGACAUUCUGAAGAUCCACACCAGACAAUGGACUCCUCUACCCUCUGACGCUUUCUUGGAGGAACUGGCAGAAAAAUGUGUCGGUUAUUGCGGAGCAGAUAUUAAGGCCAUUUGUUCAGAGGCGGCCCUGUGCGCACUACGGCGUCGCUACCCCCAGAUCUACUCCUCGUCUCAGAAACUCGUGCUCGAUGUCAACUCCAUCGCCAUCACCAGUAAGGACUUCAUGUCUGCCAUGUCCAAGAUGGUUCCAGCUGCCCAGAGGGCGGUAGUGUCACCAGCCAAGGCCCUGAUUCCUGCCAUCCGUCCACUGCUGAACGCUGCGCUGCAGAACAUCCUCCACACAGUCAGCAAAGUGUUUCCUCAUGCUGAGAAGGGCUUGAAGAGGAAGAGAGAACAAGAUGUGGCCUGUGUUGUGUCCGAGGAUGAUCUGAUGUUUAGCGAUGAAGAGGACUCUGAGGUGUGCUCCGGUGGACAGAAUCCGCACUCCCAACCCAGAACACAUGCUGCUAAUGGAUUUCUAAGCCUCAACAGGAGUGUGUUGAGCCAGCCCACAUCCUACCGCCCCAGGCUGCUACUGGAGGGCCGACCGGGCUCAGGUCAGAGCUCCCACCUGGCCCCCGCCGUUCUCCACGCUCUGGAGAAGUUCACGGUGUACACACUGGACAUGGCCGUGCUGUUUGGAGCUAGUGCAACUGCACCGGAAGAGACUUGUGCUCAGAUCUUUGUUGAAGCCAAGCGCACGUCUCCCAGUGUCCUGUACAUCCCUCACAUCGGACAGUGGUGGGAAACUGUGGGCCCUGCUUUAAGAGCCACCUUCCUGAGCCUCCUCAGCUCCAUCCCUGCCUUCUCUCCCAUACUCCUGCUGGCUACCUGCAACCUCCGCUACGACCAGCUCAGUAUGGAGGUGCAAGAGUUGUUUCGGAUUGAGUACGGAGAGGUUUUCCAUGUCCAGGUCCCCACCAGGAGAGAAAGAAGAGACUUCUUUGAGGAUCUAAUCCUCAACCAGGCUGCUAAAGCCCCUGCCUCAAAAAAGAAAGCUGUGCUCCAUGCGUUGGAGGUGCUUCCAGUCGCUCCUCCGCCUCCUCCACGUCAGCUGACAGAAGAGGAAAUGCAGAAAUUAGAGGAGCAGGAGGAAGACACCCUCAGAGAGCUGCGCCUCUUCCUGCGUGAUGUCACCAACCGCCUGUCUCAAGAUAAACGCUUCAAGGCUUUUACAAAACCUGUGGAUUUGGAGGAGGUUCCAGAUUAUGCUGAGGUGAUUAAGAAGCCUAUGGACCUGUCCACGGUUCUUGCCAAGAUAGACCUCCAUCAGUAUGUGACAGUCAAAGAGUUUCUCCAAGAUGUGGAUCUCAUCUGGCAGAAUGCCCUCGAAUACAACCCUGACAGGGACCCCUCAGAUCGUCAGAUCCGCCACAGAGCAUGUGCAUUGAAGGACACUGUGAAGGCUAUCAUCAGAGACGAACUGGAUGAAGACUUUGAGAAGAUUUGUGAGGAAAUCAAAGUUUCACGUAGAACGAGAGGUUGCACCGUUGCACGGUUGGCUCCCUCCUUCUAUCACGUUCUUCCCAAGCAGCUCAAAUGUCCUACUAAGGCCAAGGUCAUUGACAUGACCCCACAAAGAGAGCCGGAUGGGGCCACUGUCGCAGUUACCCCCACUACUAGUUUCUCUGCUGCAACAACCCCUAAACACAGUGGCCAGAAGAAGAAACGUCGGAAGAGCCGCUGGUCUACUGGCAACUGUCAGAAGAGGAGGUCUGCCUCCUCGCCUCACGUGUCCAGAGAUGAGGCACAGUCUGAUGAGGACGACGGAGAUGAUGAAGACGAGGUUGAAAAAGUAGGAGACAAGCGUGACGAGGGCGCAGAGGACCAGAUGGUGACUGACACAGACUCAGGGCCUGCAGCAGCUCAGGAAGGUAGUUUUGUGAGACAGCGGGAGGAAAAGACGGAGGAGAAGAAAUCAGCCGCCGGAGAUGACGCUGCUCUGUGUGAAACGAGGGAGCCGGAAACUGUUAACCAGACGGAGGACGAAAAAGAAAAUGUGGAAAAAGCUGACUCGGGUCAGUCAGAGGAAAACCGGGAAGGAGAUGACAACAUUGAAACUGCGUCUGCAAAUACGAACAAGGACAGUCCGUCUGAAGCAGAGGGAGACGCCCAGCAUCCCGACACAAUAGAACCUAUAACUCAGAAUCAGCCAAUGGAGGUGGAAGCAGCAGAAACCUCAACCUCAGAUGAGAAGAGAGAGGAGGACACAGGCACAGAGCGGAACGUGAGAAGAAUGACUCGGGCUCUGAAAAACGCUGUUCUGCAACAGCAAAAGAUCAGCGUGGACAAAGCUCUGCAGAUCCUGGACCAGGAAACUCCUCCUCUGGUCGUGGACAGAGACAAAUUAAAGGAGCUUCUGGAAAGUGUAGUAACCAGGACGGAAGGCUACGAGGUCUACAAGCUGGAGAAACUCUACGCUCUGCUCUGCCAGUGCAUCUAUAGACACAGACGAGACUACAACAAAACUGCACUCGUACAGGAGCUGCAACAAGAGAUUGAAGACUUCUGUUGACUUUUUAUACAAAAAAAUAAUGUGACCGUUUUUUAUACUCAUCACCCUCCACCCCCGCUGUGUAAAUAUACAAACAUUGUUUCUAUUUUCAUAGGAAUCUACAGGCACCUAUAUUUGUGCGUUAGCUAAAACUUUGUAUUAGUCUAUUAAUUAUAUGUGAUUAAACUGUAUUCCACUAAA